AUGGCCGACGUCCCUUCUGCCAGAAAUGCGAAACUGUCCUCACAGUGGUCUGAAGAUGAAACAGACAGUCCAUCCUUUGACCUAUUUGGGAGCAUUUUUCCCGAGCCACCUGUAAAGAGAUUCGCAAGUUUAAGUGAAAGGGCACUUGAAGAGCUUGUAAGUGAGCGCCACUCAACAAAGACGAAAGAAGUCACAAACUGGUCUGUGACAACAUUUAAAGCUUGGUGUUCAGAAAAACAGAUUCAAACCCCGCUUGAAGCGAUGAAAAUAGGUCAGCUUGAUCAAAAUCUACGCAGAUUUUGUGUAGAAGCGAGAUAAAAAAUGAAGGGCGGAGAUUACUGUAGAUCGACCUUACUGGGUUUUCGUCAUUCGAUAGAAAGAUGCCUAAACGCCCUACUAUUUAGCAGAGGCCUACAAAUUUCAACUGAACCAAGAUUUGCAAGAUCAAACCUCAAGCUAGAUGCGCAAAUAAAAAAUCUAAAACGAAGCGGGAAAGAAAAUGUCACGCACAAAUCUGCUAUCGAGGAAGAAGACCUCCAGAAGCUGAAAUCAAGCGAAGUGUUGUCCUUAUCGUCACCGCUCUCCUUGUUGAGAAAUGUUUGGUUUCAUGUCGUCCUGUUUAUCUGCAGACGGGACUUGAAUGGCAAAGAAGCUUGA